GAUAGUCAGACACCAUUUCCGGUGUCGCCACCUUCUUUGUCUCCGGCCCAACGUUUCGAGACCAGGGCUCUAUUUUUUCCCCCUUUAGUCUUGAGGAUAUAUUCAAACAUAUAUCCCUAAUUUUCUGAUAUUGAAUGACAGUCGACUCUGAAAUAUUUAUGCCUAAAAGUAAAGCGCCAAAAAUGGAUGACCUGGACUACAUCCCAGUAGACCUGAGCCCAGAGGAGCGCUCUGAGCUGGAGGACAUCCGCAGGAGGAAGGGCGUCCUGCUGCAGGAGAUACAGAGGCUGAGGGAGGAAUUAAGAGAGGCCAUUUUGGAGGUGGAGGGACUGGAGACCAGCACAGAGGGCAGUAAAACCCUGCAGAAAAGUAGGCAUGUGGCAAUGGGAAGGAAGAAAUUCAACAUGGACCCAAAAAAGGGCAUUGUGUUUCUGGUGGAGAAUGAGCUGCUCAGACACACUCCAGAGGACAUUGCUCAGUUUUUGUACAAAGGAGAGGGACUCAACAAGACAGCUAUAGGCGAUUACCUGGGAGAAAGGGAUGACUUCAACAUCAAAGUUCUUCAGGCUUUUGUCGACCUCCAUGAGUUCACUGAUCUCAACCUCGUCCAGGCCCUCAGACAGUUCCUGUGGAGUUUCCGUUUGCCCGGUGAAGCCCAAAAGAUUGAUAGAAUGAUGGAGGCCUUCGCUCAGAGAUACUGCCACUGCAACCCCGGUGUCUUCCAGAGCACUGACACAUGUUACGUGCUGUCAUUUGCCAUCAUUAUGCUGAACACAAGCCUCCAUAACCCCAACGUGAGGGACAAACCCGGAGUGGACCGCUUUAUCUCAAUGAACCGAGGCAUCAAUGAAGGGGGAGACCUGCCAGAGGAGCUGCUCAGAAAUCUCUACGAAAGCAUUAAAAAUGAGCCGUUCAAGAUCCCAGAGGAUGACGGGAACGACCUGACACACACCUUCUUCAACCCGGACAGAGAGGGCUGGCUCCUUAAACUUGGGGGACGGGUGAAAACCUGGAAACGGCGAUGGUUCAUUCUCACAGACAAUUGCCUUUAUUACUUUGAAUACACCACAGAUAAGGAGCCGCGAGGUAUCAUUCCCUUGGAAAACCUAAGCAUCCGAGAGGUUGAAGAUCCAAGGAAACCGAACUGCUUUGAGUUGUACAUCCCCAACAACCGCGGUCAGCUGAUUAAGGCGUGUAAGACAGAGGCUGAUGGGAGGGUAGUGGAGGGGAACCACAUGGUGUACCGUAUCUCUGCCCCCACACCUGAGGAGAAGGACGAAUGGAUCCACAGCAUCAAGUCUGCCGUCAGUGUGGAUCCCUUCUAUGAAAUGCUUGCAGCCAGAAAGAAACGUAUAUCACUUAAGAAGAAGGAAGAGCAACCGUAGACGAUUCCCUUCAUCCCCUCUCUGUCUUCCUCUGUCCGUCACACCUCUCCUUCCAGCAUGGGACUUUUUGUUCCUGCUCUUUACUACCUGUUCAUCAGUUUUGUUACCCCACCUCCUCCCCCACCCUUCCCCUAAACGCAUCCUCUUCUCAACAUGAGGACUUCUUGCUAUCCUUUCCACCAGACUUUUUAAAGCCACAUUCAGAAUGACGAGUUCACCCGCUGUGGCUGCCUCUUGUUAUCUUGGUUCUUACACUACUGCUGUUAUAUUCAGCCUGACACACUACAGCUACAGCACACCGCCCGUCCUGUCUCCUCACCACCACCUCUCUCAUUCAGCAUUUAAAUGAACUGUGAAAUGUCUCACGGGCCGUAUUCACACUAAUGCAGAUCAUUCCAAAAACACAUUUCGUCCUGUUUUGGGCUUUUAUUCAUACAAAGUCAGCUUUUGAAAACCACUCAGCAAAUGUGGACGAAUUUGAAAAUGUUGGGAACAAUGAGGAUUCAAAAAUGCUGUCCUCCACAAUCCUCCACAAAAAAACUUGAAAAACAGCAGAUAGUUGCUCUGCAGAAACGCUUAAGGUUGUUGGCUUCUGCAUGCCUGAUAGAAGACAUCUUGUAUUUGUCUGUUUUAUCGGCUUUUAGCAUGUGUAACGGAUUUCAGAAGAGAAACAAAAAAUGCUGAUGUGGAUUGGAAACCCAUUACACAAAUAGCUCUCUGAUAUUCUUCUGCAUUAGUGUGAAUACGGUCACAUUCAGGGUAGCAAGCAGCUUCAGUUCUCGUGAAUUCUUCUUUCAGAUUUAUGGAUGCAGCCUAGAUGAGACAUGAGCCUCUCUUGAUUGUUCUUACCCCAUACAAAAUGUGAAUUCACUAUUCAAACACUAAUUCAGUCAUGUUUGGUCAGAGAGGAGGAGAAACAAAGCAGCGAAUGCUUUCACAUUACUCAAUGGCUUUAAAUACACUACAUUACUACUGUCCACUCGUAGAUACUGUAACAUCAUGUAAGCAAAAUGUCACUGUUCAUGAUUGUUUAUAUUUGCCGGGCUGCUGUUGAUCUUCAAAUGUGGUCGGAUCUUGAGACAAAAAGUUGCUUUAGAGAAUUAACGGAGGCAAACUCAGACAACAUGUAUAUUGUAUGUUCGUCAGCAUGUUUCUUAACAUGUCUGAGCAAUAGCGAAGUAGAAAACCGUAGUCUGGAGGCUUUGUUAACGAUUCCUUAAUAACACUAUACUGAGCAAUGAUCAUCAUGUCCUGUCAGAUGUAGCGUUCGCCACAGAUCAUUUCCUCCUCACUCAACACUACAAGACGAACACCAACAUCUCUCUUGCUCGUAAUAACUCCGUUUAACCUGUUAGAGCCAGGUCUGUCCGCUAUAGUGAGUUUCAAGAAAUCACAAAGGCAGCUCAUUACAAUGUAUACUUUUUGUAAAUAGAUGUUAGCAUAUUUGUUUACGAUACACAUAGAAAUGAUUUAAUUUAUUCUUUAUCUUUUGUUAAAAUCUGAUUUUUGUACGAGCUACUGUAGACCUGCAUGUUGAUAAAACUGAGGUGUCAGUCGUAGGCGCUGAUGCGUUCGCUGAUCAUACUAGUGCACUGAUUUGAAAAGUGUUAGUGUUCCCUGUCGACUUGGAAAAAUGGCAUUUUAAUGUGGAAGCUGAUUUAUGCAUAAAGUAAAUUGUCUUAAUUAUAAUUUCUUUGGAAAUUAAGAAGAUAUUUAGGAGAUGAUUUGUAGUCUGAUUAAACUCCUGACCACACUUGGUUCUUGGAGUAAAUCAGACUCAGUAAAGCACAAGUAGUAAUCAAGUCUCACAGUCUAUUAAACUAACAUCCAGUCUUUAUUUUAUUGGCUGCCCAGUGUCCUGCAAUUUGCCAUUACACUACAGUAAUAAGAAUGAAGAGACAACAAAACAAGGAACACUAAUAAAUCUUUCAUCAUAUAAUAGUAAAAAGAAAGAAUGAAUCAAUAACAAGUUUAGAGUCGUGUCCAGUCAUAGAUUUGCUUGACAUCCAGUUCAUAAACUGUUAUUUCUAGUAGUUUAUCGAAGUUGCCAUUUUUAGAUGGUAGGAAAAAUAAUUGUCUACUGCACUUUAUCAAUUUUAGCAUUUUGGAGAAAAUGCUGUUACUUUGACUGACGAUACAACUCCAAUACUCUGUAGCACCCUCUACUGGUGAUCACACACGCACACACACUGCAAUAUGCUGAUGGAUGAACCACGAACUGUGUAAAAAUAUAAAACACCAUCACCUGGUCAGUUCUGACCAGUGUCUGACAGAGAUCGUGUUGCACGAAGCUGAAUGGGGUCUUUUCCCAGCAAAAACAUGUAGACCUUGUUUUAAAGACACAGCAAGUGAUUGGUCCUUCAAGCUCAGAUCUGUCAUUGCCUUUAUACUCUCCCACUUCAUCAAACUGACAAAGGCCUAAUUUUCUAACUCCGUGUUUGUGCUUGUAUUCGUCACAUCAUGGACUGACUGUAGGCCUUUGCUCUCUGGGUAUUCUUGAAGUGCACAGUUGCCAAACAAAUAAUUUUUCCAUUAAAAGAACAACACUGAAAUGAUCAGACCAAAACUGGUCCUCGGUUUCUGAUUACUUUGACCCCAGAGCCACCUCUUUCAGAAAACGUCUUUAUUUUGUAUUUAUUUAUUUUUAUUUACUGUGAGGUGAAGAUGGAUAGAUCAUCUGUAAAUGUAGCAAAAGGAAAACCACGAUACAUUGGUGCCAGUAAACUACUGUGUAACAAUAAAAGGUAAACAGAG